UGGUAAAGCAGGGUGAGAUGGACUCAGAGGACCAUGGGGACAGGCGCUCUCCAGUGCUUAUGGUGGAUUAUGGUCUGUAGGGCUUACAGUAUGAGGAUGAGGCGGAUGGGAUGGCCUUGGGGAAAGGGAAGCCUGUGCACUCAUGGAGUUCCACUUCUGCAUCCCUGUGACAGAUUGGAGCCAGAUUGGGAGACGUUCUGACAAGGGCUAGGAACUUGCAAGGCUGUCCCACUCCUCAAGACUGGCUGAGAUGUUGCCCGCUUUUCCCCUUGUUUUGAAACACCUGGCCUCUGCUGCACCACGUCGACCUGACAGCAUUACCGUAACUUUGACCUCAUUUUACAAAAUCUUUUAUGCUUAAAGAGUUUCAUUUUCUCUCGGUGCAGAAAUGAAGCAGAUUCUCUGUGAUCAAGUCAAGACAGCUAAGUUUUUAAUUCUAGAUAGGAUAUUUAUUGGAAGGUGGAAAUGGGCUACUAGAUCUAUCUAAGGAGACUCUCCAUCACUGCUUUGCUGGAGUGAAACUAUGCAAACAGUAAAAACAUAACUGCAUAUUAUUCGUUAUCAAACGUUGUUUUAUUUUCUAGUCUUGUAUAAAUAAAUGCAAGGUGGAACACGUUAAAACUGACGUGAAAAAACGUGAAUUCGUCACUGAGCUAAACGUUAAAGAUACGUUAUAGUUUGUAUUAAUUAUAAGAUAGAUAAAAUAGUUAAUUUAUAAAAAUGUGUCAACAGUAAAUAUAGCGAUCAAAACACUAGUAGCCUACUACUACUGCUAAUAAUAAUAAUAAUAAUAAUUAUUAUUAUUAUUAUUAUUAUUAUUAUUAUUAUUCACCAACCUAAACUCAUUUGCUUUAAUGUUGCCAUUGUUGUUUUACAUGACGAAAAUAAUUGGUUUGUAAUCUUUUUAAUGAAUUAUACGUAAAUAAUUUAAUCACAUAACAUAUACAGUUUUUUCCCCCUUUUAAUUUACAUUUCAACUAGUCCAAUUCAAGCUUGGCGAUAAGAUUUAGGGAUAUUUUAUUAUUAAAAUUAACAGUUUUGCUUGCGAAAUUGCGUUUUGAUUUAUUCCUUCAUUGCAUAGAAUGCAUUUUCCGCCUCAGUAGCAAGUAAAAAUUGAGGCAUUAUUUAAAUUCAGAUUACAGCCAUCGAAUAAUAAACAUCACGUAACGUAGACUAGAUCAUAGCUACUAAAAGUUUAAAUAUCGAUCUCGUUCUGGUUUAUCAUCACUAAUUAAUUUAUAUUCUUAUAUCACCUAUUAAACAUUUUCAAUAACCCACAACUCGUCGCGUUACAUAUAUGAGUGAAAUCUUCCAUCUACAGGGAAAAAAAAAACUACUUAGGACCAAUUCAGAUAGGGGAGGAAAAUCCUUAUCGGAUUAAAGGGAAAAUUGGUGGCAAUUAAUCCUUUGUGAUUGAAAAAGGGAAACGCCUCUUCGUGGUUGACAUAUCCGAAGUUGAAUCUGAUUGGACAGUGCGAUGAUCUGUCGGAUUGGACAGAAGGAUAAAUGGUCCCGCCAGAGCGCGCAACUGUCCCACCAGCCCGACCUCCUCAGAGAGAAAGUGAAUUAAACAAACUGCCACCAUGACGGGAAGAGAAGAGGCUAUAGACGAAAAGCCUAAGGUUAAACUGUAUCCCUCGUUCGGAAUCGACAAAUCACGUCUUAAUGGAUCUGGAUUUAGGUCCAAAGGGUUCGCGAUCACAGACCUGCUGGGUCUGGAGUCGGAUCUCCAGCCGCAUCAGUCCGGUUCAGGCGCAGGGGCCAACGGAGAGGGGCAGAGCGCGGCGCUCGGAGGGUUUGCUUUCCCGGGUGGCUCUUUGCCGCUCGGCUUGGGUUUUCUCUGCAGUUUGGCGGCUCAACAACCCCCCGGGGCCCCGUGUUUUCUUCCGAGCCACAUCCCGCUCCUGCAGUCACGGACAGAGAGCCACUUCAUGCAGAAUCUAGAACAGCAACGGGACGCCUAUUCCGACGACGAUUGUCUUUCCGGGGACCGCAAUGAUGGGAAAAACUCAGGGAACUCACAAAAGAGAAAGAAGCGAAGGCACAGGACAGUUUUCACCUCGCAUCAGCUCGAGGAGCUGGAGAAAGCCUUCCAUGAAGCACACUAUCCAGAUGUUUACGCAAGAGAAAUGCUGGCCAUGAAGACGGAGCUACCUGAGGACAGAAUACAGGUAUGGUUUCAGAACCGCCGUGCUAAGUGGAGAAAAAGGGAAAAGUGCUGGGGCCGCAGCAGCGUCAUGGCCGAAUAUGGGCUCUACGGUGCCAUGGUCCGUCACUCCAUUCCACUUCCAGAAUCCAUCAUCAACUCGGCCAAGAAUGGCAUGAUGGGCUCCUGUGCUCCCUGGCUUCUAGGUGAGCCAGCAGGAAUGCAUAAAAAGUCUCUGGAAAUUGCCAAAAAACCUCCCGGCACACCCGAAUCAACGCACUCUGAUUCGUAUUCGGAGGAGCACAAGGUGAAAGACAGCGACACGACGUGGUCGAGUGGAGGCAACGGGGCAGAUGAUUCAGAAGACAUGGCAAUAGAUUUGUCCAGCACUUCAAAACAAGAGAGCAAAAGCACUUUGAAAAGAUCACCACCUCGCACAGAAGACAGCAGUGAUUCUGAGACCGAGAGUUAAAUAUGCAAUUGAAUAUGGACAAUUUUUAAGACCACAUACAGUAUAAAGGACUAUCGGUUUAUACAGUACCUCACCUUUCGACGAUGGUUUCGUUUGUCAGCUUUCCCGUGGAUUUUUUUGUAGUUGUUUGUCAAAUAUUUGAAUGCUAUUCUGAAUUAUUUAUCUUUCACGUGUGAAAAUGAUUCAUGUAAAAAAAAAAAAAAGUGUUAAAUAAUGUUUUAUGUUACGUUCAUGGGAAUUAUCCAUAAAUCUGAUCUACAAUAAGUUACCCUAUUUUUCUUUCAUAUCACAUUUUCUGUCAAAAAAUCUGCAGGGUGACUUGUUCACCGCUAUUGUGAAUGUUAUAAUGCUUCCCUACUGUGAUACGGUAUGCAUCUGGGGGUCAGAAAGUCUCCAGAAAGGAUUCUAAAGCACUUUACCUGCUGUCACGAUGAAUGUUUCGCAUCGAUCAAUGUCAUCAGCAGAGCAAUAUCAAACCAGCA